GUUGUGGAAAAAAAACCAUUCAUUGUCUCUUUUCAAGCUCACAUCUCAGCAUUUUUAAAAAUAACGCUUAAUGUGGGUUGUGUAGAUGGAUCUUAUAAACAAUCCAAUGCUAUCAAAAGGUGAGGAAUUAAUUGUAAACAUGUUUAAGUGAUACUAAAGUCAAAUAUUGCUGGAUAAGCAUGAUUUUCUAAUAUAAAAUCGAAUGAUUUCCAGCAGACCCGAGGGAACAGUGCCUCAAAACGGCAUUUCAAUAUAUGUAAACUGUCUAAAGGUGGUUUUAACGUGUUCUGCCCCAAACUAAUCUCUCCAAUCAAAACGUUAGUAGGUUAGAUCUUUAAGAUUCUACUUCCUCUCCCCGGCAGGAGGAGCACCUCCCUCUGGACCCGUCCUCCCUUUGUAAACGGCGGCGCGCACCAUCGCCCGCUCCCGUGACGCAGCGCAUCCCCGUGCUGCACAGAUGCCGGAGUGGAAGCGACAGGCGCGCUCAUCCAAACGCAUCGAACACAGGGGACGUGGGAGAAGAUCGUCCGAUUUGCGUCCGUCUAAGAGCUCCAGACCGCGGGGAACGAUGCUCGGAACAAGUCGCUUGGUGGGAAGCAGGACUUAAAAAGCUGCGGAACACUUUUAUCUGUAUUCUCUCUUUUCCCCCACUCCGAUAAUAAUCAAGAUUCCGGGCAGUCGCCGUCCAGUUUUCUCGAUCACUGAGAAUUUAGUUCCAGUUUCACGACAGGUCGGUGUUUCGUUUGGACACGAUGUGGAAGCCGGGAACCCUCCUCCUGCUGUUGCUGUGGCUGGCAUCCGGCGAACUCCAGCAAGAGACGGAGCCGCGGAGACUCCCACCCCCAGGAAAGUUGAAUUUCGGCUAUGUGCCAGCGGGAGUUUACGAGACGCUGGCCCAUUACGAACCUGGACCGAUAGGGAUUCUGUUCCACAUGGUCCAUGCUUUCCUGUAUGCGGUACAACCCAACGCUUUCCCACACGAUCUUAUUGUCAAACUGGCAAAGGACAAGUUUGGAGCCAUUCAGACGGAAUAUCAAAAGCCAGAGAACAUAGUGCUGACCCUUCAGGCCAUCUACUACGAGAUAGGCUUCCUAGUUUGUGCAGCAGUGGGCCUGCUCUUUACCAUUCUGAUGCCAAUAGCCGGGCUCUUCUUCUGCAUGUGCCGCUGCUGUGACAACUGUGGUGGUGAGAUGCACCAACGCCAGAGGAAGAAUGCAGACUGCCGGCGUGGCCUCCUGGGAACGCUGCUCUUCUCCACCUCACUGGUCAUCAC